AUGACUGAAUUAUUGGAUCUGUGUUACGACGUGCUGAUCAGGAUCUUGGAGGAACUACAUCCUGCUGAUCUUGCUGCAUGUGCGCAAACCAGCAAAGGUUUCAAUGAGUUCCUCAAGAAAAACAAACCGCUCUACAAGACCCUAUACCUCAAGCAUUUUGACGAUCCUCGAAGGCGAAGACCGACCGAUCCCGAGCCGGAAUGGGUAGAAGCAUUGCAGAGAGUGGUGAGGUGCCAAAAGGUGUUGGAGUCAGCCAACAAUGAUCUCAAGAAAGACGAAUUUACAUUCGUUGCAACCACUGUUAGUGAACUUAUAGCCACUAUGGCGCGGGAUGAAUACGGCAUCACUCGCAACCAACGAUUCGUGACAGACCUGUUUCGACAUAUCGAACAGAACCAUAACGCCUUUCUGUGCCGUUCUUCGAUCUUUGGUCGCACUAGGUCAGCAAAACGGAAAUCAGCCGGGGACGAAGAAAGUCGACAGUUGAGCGCAAGAUUACACAGUCUGUUCGGCUUCCCUCCAUCCAACGCCGGAAAGAUUGAUCUAUCAAUGAACACAUUAGCCAGAUCGCGAGUGUACGACCUACGGAACUAUACCGAUAAAAACGAGUGGGGUCCUUUCCGCAAUGAUGGAACCUGGCGAGUAGACUGGGAGAUGAUCGAAAGCAUCAUGAUAGUCAUCGGACACAACUCCUGCUUCUGCGCUCAUGCUGUCUCAAAUCGUCUGCGACCGCCAUGGUUCGGUCCCCUUGAUGGCGUUAUUCCAGUAGCGAAUGGUCGUAUAGGCCAUGAGGUAUCGAACUAUACGGCGCUCAUACAGCAACCAGACAUUCCGCUCAGGAUAAAGGAUCCGUACGGAGCAGAAGGCAUUUGGGCGCGUAUCGUCUGCUUUCUCGACUAUAAUGACUUGUACAAUUACAAUUUCAGCUCUGAUGCGAUGAAAGUGCCCUCCGACGAGCCGCGCGGCGCACUCGAUACCGAUGAAGCUAUUAGACAUAUCGUCAUGGAUCUGCGUGUCACAGACGUCACAACACCAGGGCCCUUUGAUAACCCUACCUUGCCAGUUGUGCACUUCAAGGGUGUAGCCAAGUCCGUAGAUGCUCUCUGGGAUCCUAAUGCCAACUCUGGUAUCCGCGGUACUGUUCGGUUGACACAAGAGGGUGAAGUGCGCUGGGAGACCAUCUCGGUAUUCCAAGGCGGUGAGGAGAGGUGGCGCAGUGAUGGUAUUCAGGUUGGUGGGCUGCGCUGUCCACGCGGUGUUGUGGGAACUUGGUUCGACAAGGACUUUGACCUUCAUGGUCCUGCUGGGCCGACAGCUUUCUGGAAAGUUGGAGAGAGACCCGCAGAUUCAGAAGACGAAGAAAACGACUUCGAGGAUGGAAUUUGGGGUACAGCAUAA